AUGUCCAUUAAAAAUGGACUGGGAAUCGAGCUCAACAAGAAGCUCUUAAGCCUUCCGGAGGGUGAACACCUAAAACCCGAGUUCGUGAAGAUCAAUCCCCAACACACCAUUCCCACUAUCGUGGACAAUGGCUUUGCCUUGUGGGAAUCGCGUGCUAUCCUCGUCUAUCUGGCCCAGAAGUUCGGCAAGGAUGACUCUCUUUUCCCCAAGGAUCUGCAGAAGCAGGCGGUGGUUAAUCAGCGACUGUACUUCGACAGCGGUGUCCUGAUGAAGGCAUUCGCCGACUAUUACGUUGUUCAAUAUCUCCUUAAGCAGCCCGCUGAUCCUGAGAAAUUCAAGAAAUGUGAGGAAGCCUUCAGUUUCUUCAAUACUUUCUUAGAGGGUCAACUUUAUGCGGCAGGUGAUAAGCUAACCGUUGCUGAUAUAUCCUUGUUGGCCUCUGUGUCCACCUUCGAGGCAUUGGGUUUCAAGAUCAGCGAAUAUCCCAAUGUGGACAAGUGGUACGCAAAUGCAAAGAAGGUUAUUCCUGGAUUUGCCGAGACCUGGGAAAGCAUGCAGGAGGCACUGGCCAAUUUCAAAUUGUAACAAUAUUAGUAUUACCUAAAAUCUAAAUGGUUAUAUUCAGCCUAUUUAUUUAAACUUCUCUUAAAUGUUAAAACCCUGUCAAUAAAAUAAAUACAUCUCUUUUC